UAGUACACCACGGUACCGUAGCUGAACGUUUCGUUGGUCUACAAAUCACCAGAUACUCUGGCCCUCACUACCAAUAUCUGGAUGAAAUAACAACGGGUGCGCAGUGAGUGGUGUCACUCGAGUGUGCGCAUGCGAUUGACCUGGUCCUCGCCUCUUUUCCUUCUCUCUCCGACGCGGAGACGGACGUGGCCACGGCAAUUUUUUUUCGUCGCCGGUUAUUGGCCGAGAUGCUUCAUGGCCGCCGCCCGCCUCAAGCGCAUUGCGGAGAAACAGCGCCACCGCUCAUCCCUUCGGCCGAUCUCGCUCUUGGCACCGCAGGGUCUGUUUGCACUGGGCUAGUACGGAUUAAUACUAGACCGCGACGACCACUGGCAUCGUUGUUCACACUCCACUGCAUCGAGCUGAGUUGUUGAAGUGUAUUGGGGUGCAAGAUCUGUGAAGGUAAUCAUUCUAUGCCAGUCGCUAUUCUCCGCUAAACGCAGCACUGUAUAUGAGAAGUGGUGCUCAGAGAGGCGGCCCCCAGGCGUGGCAUAAAUGAGCUCGCGUGGUCAACGAUGGAAACCACGCUGAGGCAUUCUCAUCCCAUCUGGUAAAUUUGUUGAAAUUCCUCGGCAGUCGAUACACCUCUCCACCGCUCGAGCGCCGGCUCAAUUGAGUCCCCGUGGCCAAGGAACGCCGAUAAAAUAUCGUUGCAUGUGUUGCGGGUAUCGAGAGGCAACUGCUUGACGACGUUCAUGAUGCGAGAAGUGUACCAUAUCGACUCGCAAAGACCAUCCUGGUUCGUUGCACGGAGGAUGAUAUGAAGCAGCUCCUCUGGCAAUACUUGGCAAGUAUUCUCACGUAGCACAACCUCCUCUUCGAUCUUGAUCAAGGCAGUUCGCGCGCGGGAGUCAGACUCCGUCUGAUCCUGAAGGAGCAGAGCUGCCAAAUGAAUCGAACAUGCCAACUUGGCGCGCCGCCACUUGAUCUGCGCACACUUGUCUCGCAUAAAGGUUGGCUGAUGCAGGGCCCUGAGCGUGCAAAUCAGGACCAUGUUUCCAAAAUGAUUCGCGGUCGGACAUGAACAUUGUUCGGCAAUGCGGCCGAAUAGCUCAACGAAUUCGUCUUUGUCCCGAGACGCUGCUUCGGAGCUUUGUACGCUCGACAACUGACCGAGAGAACAGUGGAAGGCGUUACAAACCAGGAUGUCCAGCCAAAAGAGCAGGGCAUGGAGCUCUUCGUGUGCGCGAAGACAAUAGACGCCGCCCCGGAGGCUGAUCAUUCGCUUGAGCGCGUUCCAGUGCCAAUCAGCAAAUGCGUGUUCCUCCUUGAGCUCCUUGUGGUUGGCCAGCAAGGCUGCGGCCAGGAUCGUGCCAUAUUCAGGCUCCGAUGGGGAAGCCGAUAUCUGUUGGGACACUUGUUGCAGUGCAUACUGUUCCAGUUCCACUGCGCUUAAUGACGAGGCUGUCCCCCUUUCAUACGUGGACACAAGCGUUUCAUUUGCCAGGAACGCACUGAAUGCCGCCGAACAUAGUCGAUAACAGCUCAGGAACUCUUCGGCUGCCCGCGACCUCCUGCAUCGAUGGAUGACUAUAUGGAUCGUUAGUCUCAAAGGUCAUCUUCGGGCUUGCAACAAGCGACGUACACUUUCUAAUUAAAUGAUCAACCGGGUCCUGGAGUGGCUCGCAGGGGCCCCUGUCUCCAAGUACCUUGCCGAGGUUCUUCAGGUUAAUCAACUGUUCGUCGUUGAUAACCGUGAGGGUACUAUUCCAAUUCGAGGCUUGGUUGUCCGUCUUAGGCCUUUCGGUUUUGGUCGGCUUAGGCGAGUUCGACGGUGCUGAAGACGGAACAGAUUCCCACACAUGAACCUGUCCGCCACUCUCGCAAUCAUCGUAGCGAUAACGACCUUUGUCUCCUUUGCGAUGCCGCCGCCUUAAAAUGUGGACCUUGAUUGCCUCUUGGGCAAGCCGACAUCGUGAGUCUGUGGUGAUGAAUGUCAACGGGGCGGUGGCAGGAGGUGUACGCGUCGUCGAAGCCAUUAAGCAGUCUAUGCCGUGCUCAACAGUAGAGAUUGUUGAGACUUAGAGGCGACCGUUCCAACGAGCGCCCUGACAUGGGAGCGGGUGCAUAAAAGUGGAACGCGCGCGUGCUGGAAAUCCGGGGAUUCCAUGGACCAAGCCUCAGGACAGCCAGCGCCUUGGCAGCUGAGGAGGGGUCAUGAAGGGGGACGGCUCGGCAAUAUAGUAUCCCUCGGCCGCGAGGCUCUGACUUAUCUUUCUUCUUAUCAUCCUCUCCGUGCACGCAAAAUGCAGUGGCCCUCCCCAGCCGUCCCCUCAGCAGAUCCCGCUAGAUCCAAUCCAGUGAGUCAAACCCUAUUAUGAAUUAGUCUCCUCCGGGGUAAUCACUGGGGAGUGCUACGAGUGCCUAUCUUUGGGCUGCGUAUAUCUGAACAAUGCAGAGAUAAGUCUCGGGCGGGGACUGCUCCGACUGGCAGCGGAGCACGGCAUUGUGGUGAUAGUAUAAGAACCCGUGUCUGAUAAGGGAGACAAAAAAUGGGAAGAGAAGAGCCAAGUUCGUGUGCACCGUCAUCACUUAUUGCCUACCAUGCUGCGACUCAACGAAGACGUCAACUUCCAUUUCGAACUGCUUAGGAUCCUUGCUUCGGCGAGAUGUUACGGAGCAGAUGUGGCCGAGGUGCUGAAAGUCUCGCAAAGACUGGUGCCUGGCAAUUUUGACAGCUGGUAUGAACAAUUCUACGCCAUGGCUCAAUGGGUUCUCUCGACCGUGGAGAAUGAAGAAGAACACGACCGGGUGACUCUACGCGACGCGUACUUCCGAGCAUCGCGCUACCUGUUUGCGUCCGAGUUCUUCCUACACGGUAACCCCGACGAUCCUCGCAACACCACGCUCUGGGAGUCGUGGAUCCAUUACUUCGACAAGGCCACCAGCAAGCUCGACAUCCCACCUGAGCGACGAUCUCUGCAAGCCGAUGGGUUUGAAGUACCCAUUAUUGUCUUUCGGGCGUCCACCGACGACACACCGCGCCCUGUACUACUCGUCUGCAAUGGGCUGGACGGGUCCAUGGAAGAGAUGUACCAUUUUCACGGCGCGCCCAUCGUGGAGAGAGGAUACCACGUGGUGCUCUUCGAAGGGCCAGGACAGCCCACCGUGACUCGUCAACAGAAGGUGGGCUUCCUCCACGACUGGGAAAAGGUGGUCACUCCUAUCGUCGACUAUGUCGAGACUCUUGAGUUUGUGGACAAGAAGCGCAUUUGUCUGCUGGGCAAUUCGCUGGGCGGUUACCUCGCAGCUCGAGCGGCUUGCUUCGAGCAUCGCCUCGCCGCCGUCAUGUGCGUCGAUGGCAUCUUUGACGUCUACGCCGGUUUGGGGGAGAUGAUGCCGCCUGAAGUGCUGCAGCACCUGGACCAAGGGUCAGAAAAGGAGUUUUCCGCAGGCUUGGAGGAAGCAAUGACCAAGUCGACCAAUCUCCGUUGGAUCAUGGAGCAGAUUGAGUGGGCUUUCCUUGCUCCCCCUUUCGAGGCACUGCAAACGGCAAAGAAAAUGACCCUCGAGGGAAUCGUGGAUCAGAUCCAAUGUCCGGUCUUUGUUGCCGAUGCCGAACGUGACAUCUUCGUGGUCAAGAAACCCCAGGCGCAGAUCUUGGCUGAUGCUCUGGGAUCCAGGGCCACGUAUGUCAAGUUUACUGAAAAGGAAUCUGCGGAAGCACAUUGUCAUGUUGGUGCAACUGUCUACCUCAACCAAGUCUUGGUUGGCUGGCUCAGGCGCGUUUUGAAAGACGUCUGAUGACGCGUUGAUGGGCGUCGUAUUGGAGAAGGAUUUGGGAGAGUGGCGGGGUUCUCUCUACUCAAUCUCCCUGGGUGUUGCACGUACGCUUGCAGAGAUGUCCCAAGAAAGCAUGAGGAUGAGAAGCAUCCAUCUUAAGAAGCCUGCUCGUUUCCACCUAGUUACAUGGUCUGUUGAGCUCAUCGGCUGUCUGAGUCUGUCUCCAUUUUCCCAGACGCUUAUUACUUACUAUUCCUUUCCAAGAAUUUAUCCUUGGUCUACUGAGUAAACAGAGCCUCCGAGUACCAAGGAGCUAGUUUGAAAGUUGUUGGAAAGCCCCUGGCGUCCGACAACUGAGAGUCCUUAAUUGAGUCUUGCUUAUCGUCAACCUGAAGAAUACCAUUUUCCUCGCCAAAUUUCCACUGCUGUCUACCCCCUAUACAUGGCACAAUAUCCCAUUCUACGGUGCUGGUGUUAGAUGUGAACGGCCAGGCUCAUCAACGCCAGCUCCUCACUCAAUCCUCCAAAAGCGGCAUUGGCGUUGGCUCCAAAACCUCGCCGGUCUGUGGCACCUUGAUCGGGUCCGAAGGCACCAAGACAAACAACAUGACGCAGUAUUCAUUGCUGAUGUUCCUCCAUUCCUAAAGCAAAUCAUGACAGUUAGUCAGCCAAGCAAUCAAAUCAUGGGAGCAUGGGAGAAAUUCUUUUCUUUCGGUCUUGACAUACAUGUACCGUUCCUCUCUGAACGACAGUAUCUCCAGCUUUAAGGAUCGUCUUGACAUCAUCAUCCAAAGUCAUUUGGAUCUCGCCACUGAGGACCAAUCCCACAUCGACACUCUGAGUGCGGUGCUUGAAAUUGAGUUUGUCCUCCUGAUCUUCGCCGAUCGGUGGAAAAUGGAUGAUACGGACAAAGACGCCCGAGUCGUCGACCAAGGGAACCCCCUUGGCACCAUAAGGAUCAAAGAAUGGUCCAUUAGCCUUGGCUGGAAAGCCUUCUGUUUUGAGGAUUUGCGUGAUGCCAGGAAUAAUGCCUUCGGCUGGCUUUUGGUCGAUUGGGUUCAGGGAUGUUAGGAUCCGGUCUGAUUCAAUGACGGAUUUGCCAUCUGGGGUGUGUCCUACAGGUACCAGAGGGUUAGGAUGGUGGUAUUAAAAAAAGGAAGGGUUUUCAAACUGACCAGUGACUACACGUCGCGUCGUCAAAGGGGAGGCCAUCGUGUGUGUGUCUGUGUGUACUAGAUGUGCUCGAGAUCGGCCAAGGUUGAUGAUGAGAAGGCUGAGAGUUGAAACUCUGAUGGGGAUACGACCAGGUCCAAAAUCCCAGACCGUAUCUUACUCGUUUUUAACAAUCAGAGUCGGGUUCGGGUGCCUCGGUAUGAACUGCACAGUGCAGCCUAGACCGAGUGGAUCAAUUCGGUUUCCAUUGCUCGACCCUCGCGUGGGAAACUCUGCUCGUCUAUGGAUGCGGUGGUUGUUUUUCUUCCGAGUCAACGGAUAGCCUUCAAAGACCAGGAUAGGCCGCUCCAGAUCUAUCAUAUCUGUUGCAUAUCG